AAUCUCCACUCCACGUCAUUACCACCUCCCCAAGUUGGGCCUUCCCUCAGGUAGCCCGGGGUUGCUUGUCUUUGCUUUUGAAAUGUGGUAUAGCCGGCCCGGUUUUACUACCACUAUCAGGGAGCUCGUUGCGCCCUGCCAUUAAACCGGCAUUAUGUCCAGCUGGGCAGCUUUGAAUAUUGAACCCGAUGAGGCUAUUGAGGAAGAAGUCGAUGACACCAAGGAGAUCCAAAUUGAGGAGGCGCUUAAGCUGUACCAAAAUGCCUUGAAGCUCCAUUCUCAGGGUCCACAGUUCUAUGCGCAGGCCGAAGAGGCAUAUGAUGCUCUGCUGGAUUCUGAGAUAUUCAAAUAUCCCGAGUCAAUCUCUGAUUAUAGAAGAGUAGCCACUCAGGAAUCUGAACCUCAGUAUGAUGACACAGUGGUGGCGGGUGCGACAGAAGCGCUCGCGGAGUUCGACAUCAGUGACUCUACAUCGAGCACGCUGAUGCAAACCAUAUACCUAUCGUACAAGAACCACGGACAGUAUAUCCUAGAUGCGUUGCACGCAUCUCUGCAGGGUAUAACCGAAUCUUCUAAGCUUUCUGGGGAUCCCCGAAGCAAGGUCAAAGAGAAAACUAGCACAGCUUUGACGGCGUUUGCAGAAGCCCUGGAACGUGACGACUCGGAUCUGAACCUCUGGAGACAGAGCGCAAGACUUUGUAGCGCUCUGCAAAGCUAUAGACUAACACGAUACUGCCUGGAAAGUGUACUAGCAGACGAUGACAACCGCUUAGAGGUUCGGACAGAGCAGCUAGGGUUGGAAGAAACAUUUGCCGAGGAGCGCCUGCGUGAAGUGCUGCGGUCGCUGCUUGAUAGGUUGUCUGUGGCUCAAGUACCCUUGAAAAAGCCGAAAAAGGCCCUUCUCAAAUUUCUGCAGCGCCAGGCAGACCCGUAUCCCUACCUUCCCCCUCUUCCGUUAGAUCUGCAGGACACAGAUCCGUCGACGAACCCUCUUGCCUUAAAGGCUUCUCGUCAUGAGAUCAAACCAGCUAGCCCUACAUGGGCCGAUGUUGGCAAGUCGAUACUUCAAAGCCUCACUGAUGAAGAAGUCGGCGCGUCAGAGAUCGGACCUGGGGCUUCAGUUGGCAUAUCGCUGCCUACUCUCAGUCCUGAAACAAAGGCCGUAGGGUCUCAACGCCGAGCCUCAGAUGCUCAGGCCGCGGAUGAGAAAUCCAGCCAGCAGCAGGACGUCGUCAUGUCGGAGGAGCAUCAACCCACUAUGAAGUCCGAAGGGCCCGAUGUUGUGCCAGAGCAAGUCGAUGACCAUUCAUCCAUCGAUCAGCGUGCAGAGAAACAGCUUAUGGAGUCGCUAGAGAUUCAGUCGACUCAGCCCGGUAAUCCUGGAGGUCAGCAUGAGAUUGCAAAUGCCGAUGAGGUUGAUGUGAAACCCUCAAAUGGCCGGAAAAGAUCAUCUGCCUCUGCUGUUACGGAGGACCAGGCAGACCGUAUACGGGCAAAAGCCAGGAGGACCCGCCUUCGUGAAGCUACUGAGGAUGUCUCAUUCCAUAGUGAAGAGGUUAAUCUCGACUUGAAUAAAUACUACGAGGAUCGUCUUGAGAGUUUUACCCAAGCUGACGAAUGGUUAUUCGGUACUGUGGGUACUUUGCUAUCCAAUCUUGACGUAACAGACCUUGGAAGCAUUGACGAUCUGAGAAAACAAGUUUGCUCUACCAAUGAGAGCAAUGAUUCUGCAACUACCGUGACUUGCGCUCCUGAGGGCGCAGGACACUUACUCGUCCGUGAUUUGAUGGAUCUCAUCAAGUCCUGGGAUGAAGCCAAGUCCCAUGCUAUGCACCAGCCAGAUAAUCUUUCCACGCUUCAGGACAUCCGGGGUAUGGGAAAAUCUGGUAUUGCGAUUUUCCUUGAGCAUUCAAGAAAGUCGACCAGGAAAUUAGGCAUCAAACAAGUCCUCUCCGGAGAAGACGCACUCUACACGUUCCUAAGGACAGUUAAUGACGGAUGGCUUCCCUUGCACGAUGUCGCCCUUUGCUGGCUCAAAGCGCUACUAAUGCCCGACUUUGCGAGAUAUGCGACGGAUGACAUACUACAACAAGACGGGCCUGUCGUGGAGUCCGCGUAUACCCUCUAUCAAUGGCCGGAUACUCUGAAGGAAGCAGUCGUGCAACUCCUGCUGCAUGAAGACGAAUACAUCUAUAGACAUAUGCGCGAACAGAUCGACAACCUUGAGAACAACGUUCUGUCCAAUGGAUCUGGAAGACUUGCAUACAGCACACAAUACUUGUCGGACUUGGAGAUGCUUCAAACCCUCUUCGAGCUUCACCUCGACAUCUAUGCGUCUAUCAACAAUCCAAACAGUGAAAUUGAUGGUCAAACAAGGCUACUGCAGCGUGAUCGCUUGGCAAGAUGGUGCUUGCUCGCGCGGACAUCGCUCACCCACUUCCUGGAUCACAGCUCUCCUAGCCCCACUCGGGAAAGAAUGGUACUCCGUCAUAUCUGGGCAUCAACGUUCCAUUCAAACAUGGCUGGAGAUAUUCAGAGGGAGCACGUCCUACUUUGCCUCCAGGAGCUGAAGUUAUUCUUGGUAUCACUCAAAAACCCAGCCAUAAGCCUGGUGAACAAUGCGGUGAUGCCCGAGCUGUCGACCGAGGCAGUUGAUCAGGAGAUCUCCAAGCUGAAGUCGAUGGAUUUCUUCAUGAAAAUAUUUAACCCGACGUCGGACGACCCUGUUGGUCUGAUCGAGACUAUUGAGCCUAUCCUCGAACCUUCCUCUGUCCAAUUCGGCGAAGGUCUCGACGGAGAAGUAUCUGAAAAGCCAACUUCUCAGCUCCUUGAGAUGGCAUCCUUUCUAGACCGCGGAGAUGCUACCUUGAGGCUUUUCCUAUGGAAGAGACUACAAGAUGCGUACAAGAAGAUUGAAUAUCCCCCUAAGGUCGUUUCCUGCUACCUCCGCAGCAUUGAAAUCAUUAUGAAGGAGCUUAGCACUCCUGCACAUCUCGAUGAGCCCGGUGACCAUCGUCAGAUCACUUUGCUCAGAUGGCUCAAAUCACUCGACGGCAUUCUAAGCAAAGCUGUCACGAUCGUCUUACAUGAAUCGGAAAAAGCGUAUGAGUGCUUUGACAUGGAACAUUUAAGAUCAUCAAUGUCUGCCGUCGCUCGUCUUACAAAGCUCCUCCACAGUUUUGCCCUGUACGAAGACUUGGUUCGUGUAGGUAAACUGUCAGGACCGGAGCUCCGUGGAGCAUUGGCAAAGUCUCUGGAGGGUCUGAAAGAUAAGCUGCGCGAGAUGCAAGUCCGUUGCUGGAUCUUGCAGUAUACGCUACUGAAGGACGCCAUUACACAGAAUCCUGAAGCUUUCGAUACACCCAUGGAAGACCGCGUUCAUUACUUACGGUCGGUACACAAUGCCCUAGGGAUUCGCAGGAUGUGCAGGUUCUCCCAUAAGCAAUUUCUCAAACUGGUCAGGUCUGAGAUAUUCACUCUUGACGUGGAGCAGGACACCGAGCUGGAUAUCUGUCAAAUCCUGUACGAUAUCUAUGGUAUCAAGUUGUCCCCGGUGGAUGGUUCAUUGAAUGACCAUGGAUGUCCUCCCGAAAAGCUGGACCGCUCCACGGCGAUCGUCAUGGUGGACUUCGUCAUGAAGCAGGCCAAGAAGAUGAAUAUCAAGGACCUGUCAAAAUCCGAGCUGAAAUCUACUAUAGACAAGAUGCAGCAAGCCAUCGGUACUACGAAGUCGUCGCCUCCGCUAUCAUACAACAAGCGUAUCAUCACCGCCUACUUGAAGUCACCAAUCAAUCCUUCUGAGAUAUCCCGUGCCAUUCAGGGAGUGGCUGACCUCCCACUAAUUCCUGUACCUGCAGAAAGUGCAGUUAUUGCUCAAAACGGCUGGUAUUUCCUUCUGGGUCAUGCUGCUUUGACAAAGUUUCGCUCCCAGAAGCGUCUGAACCCCGUACCCACAACGGAUCUCGACGAUGCAAUCGUAUGGUUCAGACAAGAUUUGGAGCACGGGACGUCAAGAUGGGAGACCUGGUACCGGCUCGCCCAGACGUAUGACUCGAAGCUUGAGGAGGAUAUUACCUGGUCUGCUGAUAAGAUCAAUAACAAUCGGAUGGAGUUGGUCACCUGGCAACGCAACGCAAUUCAUUGCUACGCAAUGGCAAUUGCAACAGCUAUUAAAUACUCAGAACCAACAGCUGAGACUCGCGCAAUGCUCUCAGAUCUGUUCACUGAUUUUGGUAUACGUCUAUACUCUUCUUCGCGAGCGCCCCUAUCGAUGGGGGCUUUCAGUCUAGCUGAUUUCACGCGGCAUUUUAGUGGCGAGGAAGACCAGCGGAUGUAUGAAGGAAGGCCUUUUAGGGAGAUGAAGCUUUAUACCGUCUGGAAUCUUGCCAGCUACUUGCUUAAGCGUGCUCUUGUCGACAAGCCCAAGAAUUGGAUGACUCAUUAUAUGCGGAGUAAAUGCCUCUGGAAGAUGUUCAGCUGUGAUGAAUCUGUUAGAGGUUCUUUUAAACGGAUUGAAGUCGAUGUGGUCUUGGAUUCCCUGCUCGAUGCCAUCGAUGCCCUGCCCCAGCGGAGGGAUUCACGCUCUGAUCCUAUAUUUGAGCCACAUUAUAAGCUUGUCUCGGUAGUACACAAGCUUGUGCAUCGUGGGACUCUAACGGCUGCGGAGGGAAGCAAGACGCUCCUGGCAACACCUUGGGCUCGCAAAGUCCAGCCUCCGGAAGACCAGACGGCAUGGAAGAGAUACAUACUCGAGGUGCUUCGGAGCCUGCAGAAAGCGGACAAAUCAAAUUGGCACCAUCGUAUGGCUGUCAGGGCUGCACAUAUUAUGUACGAUGACGACAAAGACUCUGCAGAUGCAGCCACCUCCGCAAAGAACGAGCUUACCCAGCAGAUCUUCACCAAAACAAUGACAAUCCAGGUCUGGAGACCUGAGUUUGAGCGGCCUGGUCGGCAUUUCGUUUACACCACACGCUACGCUUACUUCUUCGUCAACCUCCUCGACCAGCUCAAUGAUCGAGCAAACCUCGACCAAUUACUGCGCCGAGUAAGGAAGAAGCAGGGGGAUUUUAUCAAUCACAGCAAGCUUUGGGAGGAUGCGUGUCUUACCUAUGCCAGGGUAAUUCGGAGAGCUGGCCAUAUCAGCGAGGGCCAUGAAGAGGGCGUAUUCAAGCCCAUUGGUUGGGAAGAAUUUGUCGCAAACACAGCCCGUUUGGAAGGCCUUGCACAAUUAUCCCCAGAAAGCCCAUCCCUUCUUGAACUCCUUCGAGAUGCUAUUGAGCUGAAAAAGCUCAACAACAACCUUAUGAAGGUCUCGUUGCUCGAAGACCUUAUUGCAGACCUCUACGCCCGACUUUACGAAGUCAACAUGCCACAAGUCAUCGAACAAGCGAAUGAAGAGAAUAAAGAGAAGAUGAAAGUCGAUCAUCUUCUCAUGGUCAGUGACGGAGCUGCCGAUACUUCUACGCCUCCAACCUCAGCCCCAGCCUCUGAAGCACCUGCACCUCGCGGUCGUACAAAGGGUAUCGCACGACGUGACAUCCAAAAACGAGCCGAGACGAUUGUCAAUCGUAAAGUGCCUCCGCGUGCACCCAUGGCCAAAACUUCUGCCAACACAGAAGCCGAACAAGCCAACAUCUCCGAAGCUGGUCCAACCUCCGCUCCCAGGCAGACAAACAAAUCAGGGUUGCUUGAACCUGGAACUGAAGAUGUCGGAUCAGGACAGCAGAGCGAUAUUCCCAACAGCCUGCAUGAUAGCGCGGAUGAUGAGAGCGAACUCAGCGAAAUGGACGACGAGAGACUGGCCAAGCUGACAACUGAACGCAAGUUACUGUUCCCUAACCUCGAUGACCGGGGUUCCAUGGAUCCGGAGUCGGAGAUGUCUGCCCAGGCCAGUGCCGAUGGGGAUGAAGGGCAAGACAUGGAGGGAGAUACCGAGCUUGUAGAGGGCGAAGGCGAGACUAUGGUCGAAGAAGGCGAAGACCCUGGCGACGGUGACGAUGAUGAAAUGGAAGGCGAAGAAGAGAAUGAAAAUGAAGCUGGCGGGGACGAAGACAUGGAAGGUGAAGGCGAAGAUGAAGGGGAGGGGGAGGGGGAUCCGGAAGAGGAUGAAGAUGGCAACGAUAUCACCGAAAUGGAAGGUGCGCAGGAUAAUGACGAGAUGGACGACGUUGAGCAGGCCGAGAUUCCCGGAACAGAUCAGGAAAGCGAAGCUGGUUCUGAACCGGAAGUAAUGGAAACAUAAAUGAUGGUUAACCAUCGUGCGAGUGUCGAAUCAUUCGUGCUCAUGUUUGAUAUGACCAUUUGACUUUCGAAGUAUGCGUUAGGGUCUCAUGUACUUCAUGGCGUGCAACGAACGGUAGGCGUUCAAGGAGGUACUUCUCAACAAGCUUCAUGUAUCAUAGAGAACUAUUAAUAUUAUAACAAGAAAGGG